GGAAAAUGGACCACCACCUGAUCCAGUCAAUUUCCUUGCUGAUCCCUAUCGAGAUGGUAGAGAUGGUACAAAUGCUAAUACCAAUCAUGCAGUUGCUCGCACCAAUCGACGUCAUUAUACUAAUUAUGGUGGACAAGAUUUCCAGAAUGUUAAACAUCUUAUGAAAGAACAAAGAAAAUAUGAAAGGCAACAUCCUCCAACAACAAACACUAACAUAAUGUUACAAAUGACUGGAAAAGAAAGAAAAGAAUAUGAAAAUUGGAAGGCCGAACGAUUAAAAAUAGAUGAAGAGAGAAUUGCAAGACAAUUAACUUCUUCGGGAUCUUGGAAGAGAGAAUGGGAUUUAAAUAAAAUUGAAGAAGAUAGAGAUGUUCAAAAAACUGAGAAUGUUUAUUAUAAACAACCAAGAUGGCUCACAGAACCUGGUAAUAAAGAAGGUAUGAAAGGAAAUCAAAACAGUUUCAAUCCAAUUGUUGUUGAUUCUGGUACUGAAUCCGAAGCUAAAAAUAAAGAUAGAUCAGUUGUUGUAAAUGAAAACAAUUCAUUAACUAUUGUAAGAAGUUCUGAAGUUAAAGAUUCGUCUUUUGUUUCAAAAGGAUUUAAAGACUUACAAAAAAAUCAGGAAGAAAAAUUACAGUUUGAAAGAAAAAGUAAUUUUGUGGAUAAUGAAGAAAAGUAUUAUUUUAGACACGAUAAUAGUUGGAAACUAGAAAAUAUGAAAAAAGCAAAUUUUAAAAUAACAGUUAAGGGUGAUGGAUGGGACACUUUUCAGAAUUCUCGAAGCAGAAAUGACAGAAAUUGGAAACAAAAUGAAACUGUAUUUAAGAAAGAUUUUAGUAAUACUUCAGAAGAAUGGCAGAGAAAUUUAGACCAAAAAACUAAUGAAAACUGGGAAGCAUUGGAUGGCGAUAAAAGAAAACAGUCAGAUAAUUGGAAUUCAAAUUCUCAAGAGAAAUUUCAUGGAAGAAAAUUUAAAUUUAAAAAUAAUCAAGAAAAGUUUGAAGAUACUCAGAAUUAUUAUACAGAAGGAACAAAGGGUGAAUUUAGGGAUGGAGAAAAACAAUGGAAUAAAACAAGAAAAAAUUCUGAUGGUUGGAUGGAAGAAGGAUGGAAUAAAUCUAAUGCUAAAACUAGAAAUGAAAACAGUUGGAGUAAAUCAAAAGAAAACUGGACGAAAAAAUCGUCAGAUGGUUGGGAAGAACAUAAUAGUUCGUCAACAGAAUAUAAAAAUAAAUAUUUAGAGAAAUCACCAGAUCAAAGAAAAUCAUUUGAUGGAUGGGAAACUUACAAUAACUCAUCAACAGAAUAUAAAAAGUAUGCUGAAAAAUUAUCAGAUGUAUGGGAAAAUUAUAACAGCAAUAUGUCAACUGAAGGUAAAAAUAAAUAUUCUGACAAAUUAAGAACAGAAAGUUUUAGAGGAAAUAAAAAAAUAUAUAAUUCUUCAAUGAAAUCAAAAUUUAAUGAAAGUGGAUGGGAUGGUGAAGAAGAAAGAUAUGAAAAUUCUAAUCAGAAAAAAUCUCCAACUGGUUGGGAAAACAAUAUUCAUAAAAGAGAAAAAUCAGAUGGAUUUGAUGAAAGAAGAAGUGGAGAACGUAACUGGGAUUUAAAGAAAAGAGGUGAUCGACGAUUUAAUAAUUCAAAUGGAAAAUGGUUCAGAGAAAAUCAGAAUAACCGAAAUAAUCAACGUAAAAACUUUUUUCCUGCUCAAAAUAAAGAUUUUCACAAGAAAAAAUUUGUACAUGGUGAAAAUGUCUUGGAAUCAGUAGAUUGGAAUGUUGACACUUCAAAACUGGUUAUUAGUGAUGGCUGGGAAUCUUGUAAUACAGUUCAAUCAUUUACAAUUAAUGCAAAUGAAAAAAGUAAGAUUGAAACUAAUGAUGGAUGGGAGAAUCAACCUAAUGACAAUCAGAAUAAAGGUUUGUCAAAUGAACAUGAUUCAUGGAUUUCAAAUUCAAACUAUGUUGAUAAUUUACAGAACAAAGCAUUACUUCCAGAAGGUGAAAAUCAUGAAGAUUCUUGGGAAGAUGUUACUACUAGUGGUGGUGAAUCAUUAGAAUUAUCAGGACCAAAUGAUGACAUUACUCCUAAAAUUAAAGACGAUAUUAGUGUAGAAUCAGAUACAGAACAUCAAUUGAUUAAGUGUUCAUUUGCUGUUGAUGCUGACUUAAAAAAUUGUGACAAUCAGUUAGAUAAAAAUGUAUAUUCUGAAGAAUGCUUGAAUAAAAAAGACAUUUCUUAUGAAUCAAAAAUAUGUGAAGAACAAGAAGAUUCAAAUUUUGAUAACUCUGUUGAAAAAGAAGUAUCUCAAGAUAAAAAUGAAUACCCCCAGCUAAAUUCUGGGGAUAAUUAUGAACAAAGUAUUCAAGUAAGUCAAGAAGAAAAUUCUAUGAAAGACUGUGAUAAUUUGCUCUCAAAGUCACUAACUCAAAAUGAAUUUGUAAACUCAACUUUGUCAUCGCAACAUAGUGAAAAAUUUGAACAAAACCCUCGGGAUUCAUUAAUGCAAUCAUCAGAUAAUUCGUUAGAUUUGACUGUCAUAAAUUUAGACAAUGACAGUCAUUCAGAUAUAUUUUCUGUUGAGCAGUGUUCUGAUUGUAUAGCUGUUGCAUUAAAAUAUUUAGAAAAUAUAGAAAAUGAUCCUGUUGACCAGACAGAAAUAGAAGAUAUGGAAUAUACUUCUCAGAGUUUAGAUCUAUGUCGAAAAGAAAAUAAAUCAGAAGACUAUACAAAUAUAGUUGAGAAUAAAGAAAGUGCUAUUUCUGUAGAACAAGAAAUCAGUGAGCAGUAUAUAGCAGAAAUCAAAAAUGAAAGUUUAGUGACUGAAGAACACGAUAAAAUCGUUUAUGAAAUAUAUGAGAAAAAAGGGCAAGAAAUCUUUAUUCAAUCCAUGGAAGAUUCAAAUGAAAAUACAGCAUUAAAAGAAUGUGAAAAACUAGAAUCAUUUCAAAGUGAAGAGCAUGAAAUAAUUAAUGAAACUGAAGAAAGUUUAAAUUCUGAAGAGAAAUAUAAUGAAAUAACUAAUGAAAAAUUAGACAUGAUUACAGAAGUUGAAAGUGAAAAUAAUGCAAAUGAUAAUUCCAUAGAUCAUCAUGAUGUUAAAGAAAAGGUGCAAGAGACAGAUAACAAAUCUGAAAAUAAAACCAGAGAGGAAAAUACAGAUUCUGAAAAUGCUCAUAUUGUUGUUUCUGAAACAGUAUAUGAAUCAUCCAAACAAUUUGUAGAUGAACACAAAGAAGAGAGUACCACAUCUGAAAAUGAUUUAAAAUCAUCGGAAACAAACAAAGAAGCAGGUAAUAAAUCUGAAAAUGAAAAUAAUGAAGAAAGCACGGCAUUCAAAGAAGAAAAUUGUCUUAAAACAUCUACUGUAGAAUAUGACAUAGAUAAUAAAUUUGAAGAUAAAGAAAAGGAAUUCAAAAAUGAUUUUGUUGAAAUAGUGGAACAAGAACAGGAUUCAAAUAUGGAAUUUGAAAACAGAGAGACAGAUAUAAUACUCAACGAGGAAAAUACAAAAAUAACUGAAGAAAAUAAACAAGAUUGUGUUAAGGAUUUUGAAAAUGAAAACAAUCACUGUGAAGAAAAAAUUUCCAAUCAGACAUCUGAAGAAAAAGAAAAGCAUGAUUUAUCUGUUGAAGUUUGUAAAGAAAUUAAUAAUGCUUCUGAAAUUAAGGAUGAAACUGUAAAUUCCCAAACUUCUGAAAAUACUUCAGAAGUUUUAGAUAUUCCUGGUGUAAAAGAUAAAAGUAAAGGAAUUGGAAAUGUUGAAAAUUCUAUUUUAGAUACUGAAGAUCAGUUAUUGGUAAAUAAUGAACAAAAAUCAAUAGAAAAUAAUUCCACUGUUAAACAAAAUACAGAUUCCCAACCAAUAGCAGAAAAUUCAGUUUUACAAGAAAUUAGUAUAGAAACAGAAAAAGCUCAUCUGUCAGAAGUUUCCAAUCAAGAAAAACAAAAAGUAGACGAUGAUCAAUUAACACAACGUACUGUGAGGAAAGCAUUAGCUACAGAAUCUGUGACAGAAUUCACAGAAGUAUUGGAAGUAACUGCUUCAGUUCCCCCUCGAACAGCUAUGCAAGAAGUUGAGAAAAACCCCAAUAAUUCAGCCUCGGACGAUAAAACGAACUCGAGUUGCGAAGAUAACGUCGAUAAAACAGAAUGAAGACCUAUUCUUCCAUCCAAACUGGAAGUUAUCAACAAUAUAAAUCAGUGAAAAGUUAGAAAAAUCAAGGAUAUUAAACAGAUGCUUGUAACAAAUUAUUGCGGAGGGUUUAUAGUUCCCAAAGUUUUAUAACGCGGGCCGCUCAAGACGUUUCACGUAAUAAAAAAAGGAAUUUUCUAGUACAAAUUUAUUUGUAUUAUAAAAAUAGGGGAACUAGAACCAAGCAUAAAUACGUGUGUGUGUAGAUUUAUGUUUGAUUUUUUGAAUUAUUUUUAAUUGCCAGCUAUAAGGUAUAGUGGGGGAAAAAAAUUAUUUAUUUUUAUGUAUGACUGAAAAUGUAUAUGCCAAAGAUAUAACAUAAAUGAAUAUUUUCCAUGCUUAAAAUGGGGAAUCUAAAUAUAUGUUUAUAGAAAUAUAAAUAUUGCUUUCACAAUAAAUUUUAUUAUAUUUAACUAAUUUUAUAUUGUAAAUUGGUUGGGAACUUCAAAACCAAUUUGUUAAAACAUUAAAUAAAAUUUAAUCCUUAAUCGAAUUAAUUGUGUGUUCCUUAGUCACAUUGGUGCAAAAAAUAAAAAAAAUACAGUGGACCUGGUGAGUAAAUUAGCAUUAACUGUCGUUUAGUGUCCCAGAUAAAUCCUAUACUUCGUUGUAGUGAUGAGCAACCCGUGCACCUCACGAGGCCCUAAUUUGUCAACGUAAUAUCGGAAAAUUCCUAGGAUUUUUCGACCCGUUAUAAUUGAUUCCGGAUCCCCCAAAGCGAUAUGCUGUAGCUCAGUCUACUUAUA